UUCUCCUGAAAGGCAGAGAGCGAGAGAGAGAGCGAGAGAGAGGGAGUUAAUCUCUUUUAGGAGAGAUCAUUGAUUAAUUCAUAUUAUCAAAGAAAGAGAGAGAGAGCGAUGAGUGCAAAUAAUGGAGGCGGGCCUUGUGGUGCCUGCAAAUUCCUGAGGCGAAAGUGCGUAAAAGGUUGCAUAUUCGCACCGUAUUUCGACUCGGACCAAGGCAUGGCUCAGUUUGCCGCGGUGCACAAGGUUUACGGUGCCAGCAAUGCUUCCAAGAUGCUGCAGCGGAUACCGGCACACGAGCGCGUCGACGCUGCAGUUGCACUCUGUUAUGAGGCUUUGGCUAGGGUUAGGGACCCUGUUUAUGGCUGUGUCGCCCAUGUCCUUACCCUCCAACAACAGGUAGUGAAUUUACAGGCGGAAUUAGCAUACAACCAAGCCCGUCUUCCUACGUUGCACCGCCAUCCCCUAAUGCCGCCGACGAGCCUCCAUUCCUCCCCCGAAAUAGCGAGAUCGGAACUGGCGUCUUCGUCUAACAUGUCGGUUCAAUUUGAUCCGCUACAACAACAACAGCAGACUUCAAGCCAGCUUACAAGUUUUCCAUGUCCUUUUGAUCAAGAAGGGCAGAACAAAGAGCUUCAAGUUUUAGCCAAGGAAUUCGUCUCCAGGUAUCUCCCCGGUGUCCGGUUCCGGCCUUCAACUUCCGGUUAA